AUGAAAAUCAUUGCCGAUUAUAGUUUUUUCAACCGAGCCGGCAACAAUCAUCUAGCAUUUACCAGUCGUUAUAUUGUCAACCUCUUCGAUCGUGUCAAUCAAAUUUACACAAAAACCGAUUUUGGUGAAAAUUCAUCUCAGGAGCGGCUGGUCAAUCUGGGUUUUAUGAUCAAGGAAAUUGUGAUUUUUGCCCAUUGGACUGCCGACCCAAAAGAUCCCGAGCACUACAACACCGAUAAGGAGUUUAACGCAUAUGAUUUCUUACAGUCCCUCAAACGAUUGGAAGAUUCGGAAGAUUAUUGCCUGGUUCAUCUACUAACAGCUAGAACCUUUCGAGAGGGAAUUCUGGGUCUAGCUUUUGUCGGGACUUCAGCAACUGGAGCGGGAAUUUGCCCACAGUCGCGACAGAGUUAUAAUACGCUUUUCUCUACCGUAGCGGCUUCUGGCGGGGGUCAACUCCUAGUCACGCGUGAAGCAGAUAUUGUUACGGCUCAUGAACUUGGCCAUUCUUGGGGAGCUAAACACGAUAAUGGUACCGAGUGCCAGCCGAAGAGUCUGAGGGAUGGAAAUUAUAUCAUGCAUCCAACCGCUGUUCCUGGUUAUGAUGUGAAUAAUAUGCGCUUUUCACAAUGUUCGAUACGCGAUAUGCGACAAGUGCUUUCAAAUCGAGCUGAUGAUUGUUUUAUUCCACACCAAAGGGCUGUCUGCGGCAAUGGCAUUCUUGAAGAUGGAGAAAUGUGCGAUGAGGGUUUUAUCGUUCACGGGCAAUCCGAGGGACGUUGCUGCUCUAGGGAAUGUCAAUUACUGGCUGGGUCACAGUGUUCCCCAAAAAAUCACCCAUGCUGCUCGCCAGCAUGCACAUUCUUGCCUCCACUUCAUAUCUGCCGAUUUGCAAAUGCAUUGCAGUGUACAAGGCAGAGUAAUUGCACAGGAACGAAUGGUGAUUGUCCACCACCAAGGCCAACCCUUGAUGGCACAAAUUGUGUAGAUAAAGGACAAUGCCAAAAUGGGACAUGUUUACCAUUUUGCGAAACAAUCGGAAAAGAAUCGUGUAUCUGCCUUGAUGAUGCUUCUGCUUGUAUGCGUUGUUGUCGUAGUCCAAAUUCUACAGAAUGCCUCCCUGAACCAAAUGGUGGAAUGCUGCGCGAUGGCACUUUUUGUGUGCAUGGAACAUGCCAAAACAACAAAUGCAAAAGCUCGGCUGUCGAUGUGGUAUCGCAUUUCUGGCAUGUGUUUGAGGGUGUAGAUAGCUCGAACUGGAAGCUCUUCUUUAAAUCUAAUAUUGCUGUUAUCAUUGUGGUUAUAUCACUUUUUGUGUGGAUACCGGCCAGCUUCGUUGUGUGUCUUUGGGAUACCGGUGACCCCGACAAAAACAAGAUCCGGCGUGUCCCAGGACAAGUCAACUGGAGCAGCUCAUUGAAA